AUGUCGCAAGGACAAGAAAGAAGAUCGGAAAAGUUGCUGCCGGUUGCCCUCCUAGGGCUAGGGAUCCUCCUCCAGCUCGCUGGCUGCAGCCCUCCACCGGACCCGGUGGUGUGCACGCACGGCACGUCCAACUGCACCGUCACCAACACGUACGGCUUCUUCCUCUGCCCCGCGGCCAACGUCACCUACCCGCGGACAGAGAAAGAGCUCGUCGCGGCUGUGGCGGCCGUGGCGGCCGUGAAACGGAAGGUGAAAGUGGCCACCAAGCACUCACACAGCAUCCCCAAGCUCGCGUGCCCCGGCGGCCACGAUGGCACAAUCAUAAGCACCGCGCGGCUGAACCGGACAGUGCGCGUCGACGCCGAGAAGCGACUCAUGACGGUGGAGAGCGGCAUGCUACUCCGGGACCUCAUCGAGGCCGCCGCCGCCGAGGGCCUGUCCUUGCCGCAUUCACCGUACUGGUCCGGCCUGACCAUCGGUGGGCUCCUGGCGACGGGCGCGCACGGGAGCUCGCUGUGGGGCAAAGGGGGCGCUGUUCACGAGUACGUGGUCGGGCUGAGGAUCGUGACGCCGGCGCCGGCCAGCCAGGGGUUCGCCGUGGUGAGGGAGCUUGGCGCCCAUCACCCGGACCUGGACGCCGCCAAGGUCUCCAUUGGCGUGCUGGGCGUCAUCUCUCAGGUAACUCUGGCCUUGCAGUCGCUGUUCAAGCGGUCGGUGACGUUCGUGAAGCGGGACGACUCAGACUUCGCGGACCGGGUGGCCAUGUGGGGCCGCCUCCACGAGUUCGGCGACAUGAUCUGGCUGCCGCAGCAGGGCAAGGUCGUCUACCGCCAGGACGACCGCGUCGACGUCUCCACGCCAGGCGACGGCCUCAAUGACAUGUUCCUUUUCCGCGCCAAUCCCACCCGGGCGACCAUCGCUGCAAGAGCCGCGGAGGAGCUGCUGCAGGAGAACAGCACCGACACCGCCCGGUGCGCGGCGGCGCAACUGCAGGCGGACACGCUGGAGAGGCUGGCCUACGGCUUCACCAACGAUGGCGCCUCCUUCACGGGGUACCCGGUGGUGGGGUACCAGCACCGCAUCCAGGCGUCUGGCACAUGCGUCGACAGCCCAGAGGACGGCCUCCGCUCCGCCUGCGGCUGGGACCCGUGGAUCCCGAGUUCUUUCAACGACAACUCCGGCUUCAGCGUCGCUCUCUCCAAGGCGCCGGCAUUCAUCGCUGACAUGCAGCGCCUCCGGGAUCUCAACCCUGCCGUGUUUUGUGCUGGCGUCGACCCUAGGAUAGGUGUGGCCUUCCGCUACAUCAAGGCAUCAUCUGCCUACCUCGGCAAGGCCGAGGACUCGAUUGCCAUCGACAUCGUCUACUACCGUAGCCACACCGCCGGCAUGCCACGCGUGCACGCCGACGUGGUGGACGAGAUCGAGCAGAUGGCGUUGCGCAAGUACGAUGCCCUGCCGCACUGGGGCAAGAACCGCAAUAUCGCUUUCAACGGUGCCAUCUCGAAGUACCCAAAAGCCAACGAGUUCCUAAUGGUGAAGGAUAGGUACGACCCUGACGGACUCUUCUCCAGUGAGUGGAGCGACCAGGUGCUCGGCAUCAAUGGGAGUCCCAAUAUCACCAAAGAGCAUUGUGCCAUCGAAGGACUCUGCGUCUGCUCCAAGGACUCGCAUUGCGCGCCUGAGCAGGGCUACUUCUGCCGACCGGGGAAGGUGUACGCGAAGGCUAGAGUUUGCUCAUUUGGCAAGGAUUAUUAGGGAUGGUGAGAAUCCAAGAGAGUGAAUUCUGUUGCGGUGUUUGAGUUUUGUAAGGGGGUCAUCGAUUUUAAGACGAUUCAUUGAGUCGUUAGAUAGAAGUCGAGUUAAACUAGCGAGUUGUACUCUGGGUGGUGUCGUGUUGGGUUCGGUCAUGUGAGGUGUUGGGUGUUAGUGUCUACCUAUAU